CUUUCGCGCGAGCGAGUGUAUAAGCCAUGGAGCGAAGAGCCUGGACUCUACAGUGCACUGUUUUCGCUCUCUUUUGCGCUUGGUGUGCACUGAAUGGUGUAAAAGCGAAGAGGCAAUUUGUGAAUGAAUGGGCGGCAGAGAUCCCUGGGGGACCAGAGGCAGCCUCGGCCAUAGCCGAGGAGCUGGGCUAUGACCUUCUGGGUCAGAUUGGAUCACUUGAAAAUCAUUACUUACUCAGACAUAAAAACCACCCUCAAAGGUCUCGAAGAAGUGCCCUUCAUAUCACUAAGAGAUUGUCUGAUGAUGAUCGUGUGAUAUGGGCUGAACAGCAAUAUGAAAAAGAAAGAAGUAAACGGUCAGUUCUGAGAGACUCAGCACUAAAUCUCUUCAAUGAUCCAAUGUGGAAUCAGCAGUGGUACUUGCAAGAUACUAGGAUGACUGCAGCCCUGCCCAAGCUGGAUCUCCAUGUGAUACCUGUUUGGCAGAAAGGCAUCACUGGCAAAGGAGUUGUUAUCACUGUACUGGAUGAUGGCUUGGAGUGGAAUCACACAGACAUUUAUGCCAAUUACGAUCCAGAGGCUAGCUAUGAUUUUAACGAUAAUGACCAGGAUCCAUUUCCCCGAUAUGAUCCCACUAAUGAGAACAAACAUGGAACGAGAUGUGCAGGAGAAAUUGCCAUGCAAGCAAAUAAUCGCAAGUGUGGAGUUGGAGUUGCAUACAAUUCUAAAGUUGGAGGCAUAAGAAUGCUGGAUGGCAUUGUGACUGAUGCUAUUGAAGCCAGUUCAAUUGGAUUCAAUCCUGGACAUGUGGAUAUUUACAGUGCUAGCUGGGGCCCUAACGAUGAUGGGAAAACUGUGGAGGGGCCUGGCCGACUAGCCCAGAAAGCUUUUGAAUAUGGUGUUAAACAGGGGAGACAAGGAAAGGGCUCCAUCUUCGUCUGGGCUUCUGGGAACGGGGGGCGUCAGGGAGAUAACUGUGACUGUGAUGGGUACACGGACAGCAUCUACACCAUCUCCAUCAGCAGUGCCUCCCAGCAAGGCCUAGCCCCCUGGUACGCCGAGAAGUGCUCCUCCACACUGGCCACCUCGUACAGCAGCGGGGAUUACAGUGACCAGCGAAUUACGAGCGCUGACCUGCACAAUGACUGCACAGAGACCCACACGGGCACCUCGGCCUCCGCACCCCUGGCUGCCGGCAUCUUCGCUCUGGCCCUGGAAGCAAAUCCAAAUCUUACCUGGAGAGAUAUGCAGCAUUUAGUUGUCUGGACCUCUGAAUAUGACCCACUGGCCAAUAAUCCUGGAUGGAAAAAGAAUGGGGCAGGCUUGAUGGUGAAUAGUCGAUUUGGAUUCGGGCUGCUAAAUGCCAAAGCUCUGGUGGAUUUAGCUGACCCUGUGACCUGGAGCAGUGUGCCUGAGAAGAAAGAGUGUGUUGUAAAGGACAAUGACUUUGAGCCCAGAGCCCUGAAAGCUAAUGGAGAAGUUAUCAUUGAAAUUCCAACAAGAGCUUGUGAAGAACAAGAAAAUGCUAUCAAGUCCCUGGAACAUGUACAGUUUGAAGCAACAAUUGAAUAUUCCCGAAGAGGAGACCUUCAUGUCACACUCACUUCUGCUGCUGGAACCAGCACUGUACUGCUGGCUGAAAGAGAGCGGGAUACAUCUCCGAAUGGUUUUAAGAAUUGGGACUUCAUGUCGGUUCACACAUGGGGAGAGAAUCCCAUAGGCACCUGGACUUUGCGAAUCACUGAUGUUUCUGGAAGAAUGCAAAAUGAAGGAAGAAUUGUCACUUGGAAGCUGAUUUUGCAUGGGACCUCUUCUCAGCCAGAAUACAUGAAACAGCCUCGUGUGUACACGUCCUACAACACUGUUCAGAAUGACAGAAGAGGGGUGGAGAAGAUGGUGGAUUCAGAGGAGGAACAGCCCACACAGGAGAACCUGAGUGAGAACCUCCUGGCAUCAAAAAGCCCCAGUAGUGGAAGUGUGGGGGGCAGAAGGGAUGAGCUGGCUGAUGGAGCCCCAUCUGAGGCCAUGCUGCGACUCCUACAAAGUGCUUUCAGCAAAAAUUCAUCUCCAAAGCAAUCACCAAAGAAGUCCCCAAGUGCGAAGCUCAACAUCCCUUUUGAAAAUUUCUAUGAAGCCCUGCAAAAGCUGAACAAACCUUUCCAGCUUAAAGACUCUGAGGACAGUCUGUAUAAUGACUAUGUUGAUGUUUUCUAUAACACAAAACCUUACAAGCACAGAGAUGACCGGCUGCUGCAAGCUCUGGUGGACAUUCUGAGGGAGGAAAAUUAAAAUAAAUAUAUGGUCCUGAAUUGGAAAUAUUCAUGCUUCUUCCUUCUGCUUAGAUUUUGCCUAUGUCUAAAGUGCUUGUUUUGUCACCGAUUCUUAUGCUUAUAAUAUCCUUUGUGGUACUUUUCUUUUUCUCCCCAAACUGAACAUUUGAAAAGGAUUAGCUCAAGUAGUACCAGUUUCCUGAACUUAUUGUAGAACUUUCAAAACAUGUCUUCCCUGCCUGCAUGAGUGAGAUGUGUGUUCUUUCUGGCGCUGCAGUUCCUAUGUGGCCCUCAUGCCACGUUAGAAUGUCUCUGUGGGCCCUCCUGUUUCAUUUUUCAGAAGAAAAGGCAUCAGCUGGGCAGUAGAUUAAUUUGAGAAGUCAUCUGCAAAGAACAAGAGGAAGGAAAACGGUUCCCAUAGCUGGUGUCUUUGCUGUGCGGUUUUGAUGCCAAAGACAGGUUUGGAAAGUCUCCAGUGAGAGUUCACAGUUAGACCCAUACUCUAGGCUUUUAUUCCAAAGUACUACUCAUUAGGGAAUUGCCAUCUGAUCAUUCUGGAAGAAAAGCUGGGUUAUUUAGAGCCAGAAACAGACCUCGAAAUCUGUGUUAUCUGGUUUGAGAAGCUUUAGAACAUUUUUAUUUGCUUAUGUGCCAUGUGGAGGCUUCUGUGCAUAAAAAGGUGACUUUGACUCACGCUGUGCACUCUGGUCUUCCUGUGUCCCCUUCUGAAGGUAGCUUAUGUGUCCCUUCCCAUCUAGCACAGUGCCUCAGAUGUAGUAGUUAUCAUCUACCAAUGAUGGCCACAAACUGAAUACUAAGAGAACUAAUUUAUACUGGUUUCUUAGAACAAACUUACACUUGAGGCUUGGCAAAUUCCUAGUCAUUUGUUUUUAAUAAUAAUAACAGGAAACCACUAAUAACAUGGAAAAUCAAUGUAAUAACAGGAAAAUACUGAUAAUGGGGAGGAACAAUGGGAGGUUUUAUUUUCAAAUUGUAUUCAUUAUAACAGAUUUUUCUGGAUGUUACAAACUGAGUGUUCAUUCCUUGACAUUAAAGGCUCUUCCCCAGUCUUAGAGCUGAUAACAUCCAAAUUCUCAUCAAAUUGCUUCUAAGCUUCACCUCAGAGGACACAAGCUAACAGUCAGUCCACAGGCUGCAUUUGUCCCUCAGGUAGAUUUUAUUCAGCAUGUAAAAUGUUUUAAAAGUGUGAGUAAUUAUUGAAAAUAUGAGAUUUCACAUAAAACCUGAUUCUCAGACCCACUUUCCCUAAUGGCAACAGCUGGCUGGAGCUGAGUAGCAGCCGCCCAGCUGGGCUUGAGUGCCAGGUCCCUGUGGCACCCUCUUUCAUGCUGCUUACAGCAGCUUCCUUACUGCUCAGCACCUGACAGGCAUUUGAUUUUGCCCACUCCUGCAGUAAAUAAACAUGUACAAAGUGUAAAUGCAUUAGGAAAAAUAUAUCAACUUCUUUCAGGCAGGAUCUGAAUGAUAAUCAAUAAUAAUGAGAAUUUUCCAGGGCCUAAUUAAUUUUUAGGCAAAAAAAAAAAGAUAGUAUCUUAUAUCCCUAUAAGUACCUCUGAAAUCUAGCAUAACAUAUUUUAUCUCACCUCACCUGGAUGCCCAUUCAUACUAAUUAAUUAACCGCCAACCCCCUAGCUUCCCAUUCUCUAUAGGCUCACAAAGGCCCCGGAUACCUGCAAUGCUCGCAUUCUGCAACUGAGUUUGUUGUAAUUCUUCCGUGAAGUUGAACCUUCACAAGCCCACACAUGAACUAGACCAGGAAGGGAACUACAACAAACCAGACCAGGGAAGAACACUAGAGUCUGUCACUUGCUUUGGUUUGAAGUAUGGUUGGUAAGACAAACUUUCACCCCCUGUCCUAUCGUUUGAAUUUGUGCAGAACAAGGGUAUUUCAGAGCAAUAGCCAUGAUGCUUCCAGGAUGUUCUCCCAGAAGAACUGCAGUAUCACUUUGUCCUUGCAAGUCUCAGAUGUUGUUUGAUAGAGAGUUGGAAGGAAUUUGGAGAACUGCAGCCUAUCAACAAGCAUUAAAGUUGAAAAGAACCAGGGAGCCAUUAGAUAAAGUUUCAACUAAAAAACAAAGCUGGGGUCCAGAGAGGCCAAUAAGCAGUAAUAAAUGGAAGCUCAUCCUUUCCCCAUUCCUGAUCUAGUGCUAAAUUGUAUCAAGCUUUCUUUUUCAUCCUUCUAACAGUAUCUUUUCCUGGUUAAAACCACAACCAACUCAUUGGAUUGUAGCCAAAGGUUCACUCUAGAGAAGCUUUAAUAUUUAAAUGAGGUCAUGUCUGAAUGUUUCCAACCUGGAGUAUAUUGUUAAGAUAUAAGAUAUUUUUGUCAGUCUUUCUUAGUGACCGUGAAUUUUUGUGAAAAUGUAAAAGAAGAAACUUAUGUAAUAUUUCCCUUGGAAUUUUAAACUAUAUUUUCUUCACAGGUAUUUAUAAUGUAUUGCUGCUUUUAUGAAACAGAAUUUUAAAGGGCAUAAUAAAUUAUAUUAAAGAACUAAAAUUUUCCUGGGAAUAAGAAAGUUUCAUCCAAUAAAAUAUUUUUGGAAGACAUGUUCUUCUUCAGAGAAAAUAAGUAUAAUCUGUAUUGCUGUGCUCUUAAAAGUGACAUUUGUUUAAUAGCCUAAUACGAUGUGUAGCUGAGUUUUAACAUGUGUGGUCUUAGCAUUCUUAAGGGAAUUCCCAUAUCAUAUACUUAAUGUAUUAACCAGAAAAUGUAAAAUAUGCUUAUAAAUCAGAAGAAUAAAUGGCUUCUAAGUUAAGAAAAAAA